UUCACUAGCUUUUUCUCAUUUCCCAGCCAGGUGCUUUACAAGGCUAGACACCUCCGAGAAAAACAACAACGCUGUCGGAACUGAUCACCUUACUGGAUAUUUUUGUUGUUCGGAUGGCUUUUGUAUUUGCUUUUUUAGACUUGUGGGCAUAAUUUGCCUUUUUACAUUUUUAACUGAGUUAUCACAGGUGCAUAGACAUAGUUUAUACUAUUUCUAUCUCAUUUGUGUCGUUUCCAAAAAGAAAAGAGAAAAGAGAUCGGCCUCUGGAUUUACCAGCACUAAGACAAACUGGUAUGGUCGGUUCAGAUCCAAGGAAUAGGUGAAAUCCUUCCAAGAACUUUUUUUCCCUCCCUCUCUCUCUCUCUCUCUCUCUCUCUCUCUUUCUCUUCCGAUUCCGUUCUAUAUUGUUUUACGGGUGACAAGCUGAAAGACGGCGCCAAACUAUGUCCAAGCCUGUCGACCACAUCAAAAGACCCAUGAAUGCCUUCAUGGUUUGGUCUAGGGGCCAAAGGCGAAAGAUGGCACAGGAAAAUCCCAAAAUGCAUAACUCGGAGAUCAGCAAAAGACUCGGGGCCGAGUGGAAGCUGCUCUCAGAAGCAGAGAAGCGGCCGUACAUCGACGAGGCAAAACGGCUGAGGGCGCAGCACAUGAAGGAGCACCCCGACUACAAAUACCGACCGAGGCGCAAACCCAAGAAUCUGCUAAAGAAAGACAGGUACGUCUUUCCCUUGCCCUACCUUGGAGACACGGACCAUUUAAAAGCGCUCCCCGUUUCAGCCACGGACUCGCUUCUCGGAUCCACGGAGAAAACACGGGCUUUUCUACCCCCCACUUCGGCACCUUACUCCUUCCUCGACCCAAGCCAGUUCAGUUCCAGCGCAAUUCAGAAGAUGGCAGAGGUGCCACACUCCUUGACCACCAGCACUUUGCCCUACGCCUCAUCCUUGGGAUAUCAAAACGGAGCUUUUGGCAGUUUGAGUUGCCCGAGUCAGCACACACAUACCCACCCCUCCCCGACCAACCCCGGGUACGUGGUGCCCUGCAACUGUUCUGCAUGGUCGGCCUCCAGUUUACAGCCCCCUGUUGCCUACAUACUUUUUCCAGGUAUGACCAAGACCGGAAUAGACCCGUAUUCAUCAGCUCACGCUGCGGCCAUGUAACUCAGACUGCUGAAGGAAUCUUGAAUUCUUCAUUGCAUGUAUAUAAAAUAAAUGGACUAGGUAGAGCAAAACAAAAAGAAUCGCAUCGGAAAAGACCCCGAGGACUGCUAAGGUUUUUCAAAGAGACAUCUUUGUUUCUCUCUUGCUUAUAAACUAGAGGACUUUACACGCCGGAAACCCGCUGCAGGAAACUUGGAGUUAGCCGCUCAGGCAGGUGCCGUGAGAACUGUAGGAAAUGUAAAUGAUAAAACUUUUAUUGCGAGCUACCUUCAUUAAAGACGACUUUUAAGUUUAUUUAUUGUCAUGUACAUG